AUGACUAACCAGAAUGUUAUGAAUCAACCGAUCAAGAUUAUACAACAUUUACCAUUUGAGAUUAUAGCUAUACCCCAAGAUAAUGACUAUCAACAAUCAAAUGCCGUUGAAAAUUCGACAAAUCAACACAGUUUCAAAAUCAAAAUCAAAAAUAAGAAAGAACCUGGAGUAAAACGAUCUGUUAUAUCAGUACCUAAGUUAAAUACAAGUUAUAAUUCAAAAAAAGUACGCCUUAUUAAUAGUGAUCAGACAAUUCUAUCAUUUGAUCUUUUUAUGGACGCUCAUACUAGUAAAAGAACUCAAAAAAAGAAUCAAAACAAAAUUUUUCAAAUGUUUAAACCCGGCUGUCUUAAUGCGCAAAAUGAAGACGAUAACGAUCCUUAUACAUCUACUUCGUCUAACGGUCCCAAUAAAAUGCAAAAUAUAUCUGAAAAUAAUAUAAAUAAUUGCAACGAGAAGGGAGCAGAAAAAUUUGCUUUAAGAAAAAAUUUUGUGCUUGAUAAUACCGCAACAAAGCCUCCCAGAUCUUUCCUGGGUCAAUGCAAACCAGGUGGUUGUCUAGAUCCACCAUAUAGUGAAGAGAAAUACCCUUAUAAACCAACCGAUGAUUUUUCUCCUUUAUCGCUCAAAGCAGAUAUUGAUAAAAAAAUAAACCAAGAUGGUAAAUUUAAGAGUACAAAUGAAGUAAAAGCUAUUAUCACAAGUGAAAUAGAAGCAAUAACAAACGAUACAUUAAAUAAACAAAAUGUAAACUCUCUCUCUCAAGAAGAAAAUGACGAUAGUUUGGUGAAUUCUCUUAUUACCUAUCCACAUACCACAUCGGGCAGUAAAAUUAACAUUCCAAGAGAAAUUCAAAAUAAUAAAACGAAACCACGCACGUCUUUAGAGAGCAAGCCAAAAUUUCCAUCUAAUGAAUUCCCUGAAAUAUAUUAUAUGCCCCCAAAAAAAGCGAAAACUAAAAAUUCUGAAGCAAAAUAUAACAAAUAUGAAAACGAAACACCUUCUGCUAAUUCUAAAAUAAUUAAUUUAUUAAUUAGGAAUGAAAUUACUAAAUCCACAACACCGGUUGAAAAUAAACUACAAAGUUCAGAACCAAUAAAAGUUGAUUAUGAACCAGAAUAUAAAAUUAUAAAGAAAACUUCACAACAAACUAUAAAACUAUUUGAUUGCUCACCAGAGUGGACUGUUACAUCAAAUGAAGAUAUUCAUAAAUCUGUACGUGAUGAUACAAUGUCUUCAAAAUAUACUAAUAACACAUCAAGUGUAGAAUUAAUUCCAGUAAUAGAAGACACAAAAUUUACAACAAAGACGCUUGUUUCAAAUGGUUCUAUUAAAUGUUUUGAAAAUCCUAGUGAAGGUGAGGAUAUAAAUAAAAAGGAUAUAUUACCUGAUAAACAGCAAAAAGAAAAAAAUGAAUUGAACUAUUUAACAAAUAUCUUAGGUAAAAACUCUGAAACUCAAAUAAAACCGAAUUCAAAAGAUUUAUAUGUAACGGACCCAAAUAUAAGUCUAAAAACAUAUGAAGCUCCGUUUUCAAAUACACAAUCUAUUCAUGAAUUAUUCGAUUCUAUUCCCACAAGCAGUAUAUCUAUGAUAUCAAAUAUAGAUAAAACUAAAGUAGAUAUUAAAGAUAUUAAUGUUCUUUAUAAAGAUGAAAAAUUGUUUAAUAUUUCUCCAAAAACAUCCCAAGAAUCACUUGAAAAAAUUGACACCAGAGUUGAAAUAAACAAAAAUGAAUUAUCAGAUCAUAUAAAAAAAGAUAAAAAUACAAAUAACAAUGUGAUUAUUCCUUCAUUAAGUAAUACUGAUAACCAACUGCAAAUAAUUAAACCAGAAGUCACUCCAGAACAUAUAAUUGAAAAUAAUUUAACGAAGGAGAGUAAACAGACUAUUGAUGAAAUAUUAUUCACAAAGCAAACUGAAAGUUUAAUUAUAUCAUCAGAAAAACUCCUUGAUACGUCAUUAAUAUACGAAUUAAAUGCAGAUAAUCAAGCGCCCAACAUAGAUAGUACAAUUACUCCUAGUAUUGAGCAAAUAUCAAAAUCACAACUUAGACAAGAUAGUAAAGAAAUUGAUUCAGUAAUAAACAAUGACAUGCUUGCAAAAAUUAAACAAUUAGAGUUUUCUCCAAAACCUUUUCAAAAAUCCCUCAGGACACCUGAAGUGAAUGAAAAAAUAUCAUUACAAAGUCUUGAAUUCCAAAGCAAAGACAUCAAUACGUUAUCGCCCACUUUGGAUACUCUUGCUAGAAAAUUAGAUGACCCGUCAAACAUAAAAUUAGCAGAUUUAGAUAAUCUAUUUGCCAGAACGGAACCCAAUGAUACACCAAAAAUUGAUACAAAAAGCAUUCAUAGUAUUGAAAAUUCUGUUUUGGAAAUAAAACACCCCAGCCAAGAUUUCAUAGAACAGAAUAAUGAUGUCAGUGUUUUAUAUUCUGCAUUAAACAGCCCCGUCAAAAGUUCCGAUACUAAAAUAAAUAUCGAACCAGAUAAUAUAAUUAAAACUGAUUUGAAUGUCGACAUAUUUAAAGACUUAAACAACGAAGAAGAAGAUCUAAAAGCAACGACUGAUUCUGUUAUUUAUGAAAGAACACUCACACAGCAAAGCUUCAUGGUAGAAAAUGAAAUGAAACCUAUCCCACUUCAAGUUGAAAUGGUUAACUGUGCAACAGCAAGCAAUACGGAGCAAAAUAGUUAUGAAAGCAAUGACAAAAUGAAAUAUAACAAAAUUAGCAAUGUGAAUGAUGUUACAGAUUCGAAUGAUGAUAUUAAAGACAUAAGUUUAGAAUCCAGCGCAAUAACAAAAAAUAAAGAACAAGAUUUAAAUGAAAUAUAUUUCGAUGACAUCAAUAAUUAUACAAAACUUAAAGAGAAUAUGGUACAAUCGCAAUCUUUAGAAUAUCAACAAAAAACAAAUGAAAACACUAAUCCUGAAGAUGUUGGUAUAUUGAAUAAAAUUAACAUUCAUUAUAAUAUUUCUUCAAAAACAUCAUUACCUCAUUCAAUGGAAACUGUGGAAAGAUCAAUCACUAAUGAUACAUCUAGAAACCACAGUAAAUCGUCUUUGAAAGGAAACGGAAAGGACGGAACUAUAAAAGGAACUUCUAAAGAAUUGCUCGUUCCAUUUCAAAUUCAAGAAAAAUCAAAUGACGCAGGUUCCCUAAAGAUAAAAGAUAAAUAUAAUGAAAAUAUAAGUCAAAAAAUAUCUUUUUUAGGGAAAUACAAAUCUCCAUCUCAAUCAGUGUAUUCAAUUCAGGCGCAAUCUAGAGAGAAAACUAUUGUAUCUAAUAUCAUUUCUACUGUUCCUGAAGUUAAGAUUGAUGGCAAUAAUGACACAGACAAUAAAGCAAAGUCUAAAAAUGCAGAACAGUUGAAUGGUGAAACAUUUAAUGAAAUUAAAAUAACAGGUGAAUCGGAUUAUUUUGCUACGAAAGGAUUGAUAGAUUUACAGGGUACAGAAAAAAACUUAACACUUUUAGAUUAUGAAGGAGAAAUUUGUACUUCAUAUAAGCAGCCGCAUAAACAAGUCAAUAGUGCAGCUAUUUCCUCCAUCGCAAUAAACUUUGGAUUCCGAGCCGCUAAAACUGAGGACAAGAAAGUUUUAAUUCAAACAUAUGAUCCCACAAUGCCAAUUGAAGAAAAGUUAGAAGAAAGGAUAACAACUAUUAAAUCUUUAAUUAGAGAAAAUAAUAAAGAAAUACGAAUACAUAUAAAUUCGGAGACUGAUUUAACGUUAUGCAUUACGAAAAAUAAAAUUCCCACUAAAAUAACAAACUCAACGACGAUUGUCGAAGAAAAAACAUAUAUUCAAAAUACAUCGAGUUCUGAUAAAACGUUAAAUUAUGAUAGUUUAUUGCAAGAAACAUUAAAUUCAGUAUAUGAUAGUUUAAUACCCUUACAAGAGGUAAUUAAUAAUUUGACAGAGGAAGCUAAGUUAUUAUCUCAACAACAAACGCUCUUUAGACAACUGUUAAGCAAGAUGGAAACAAAGCCUUUACGAAUACUUAAUAUCCACCAAAUGUGUAAAUGUAACAAAAAU